AUGGACAACACUCAGGCAAAACUCAGAGCUUCUUUCGACAAGUAUAUAAUGUCUUUAACUGAGAUAGGCAAGGGGAAAGAACCUCCCGCUUCAGGGCCAGACCGCCCUCCUGAAGGGGAAAGGAUCAGACAAUUGAGCAGCGGUACCACAGGAAGGAUCCAACAGUGGGAAGGAAUAAGAAAGAACUUUCCAAAUAGCGAGGGGUCUGAAUGGCUCUGGAGGUACACGUUGAUUAUUUGUAUGAAAAUGGAAGCAUGGUGGAAUAGCUUGAGGAUUCCCGACGAUCUGAGGGAAGGACUCAUAACUCAGGGGUGUCAAAUGGACCAAAUAGCAGUUGACGGAGCAAAGAUUAGAGUAUCAGACAAUUGUCAAGGGGAGAGGCAUCCUUCCCUUUGGAAUCAGAAGGGGAAGAAGAUACUCUAUGAGGGAAGAGCCUCUGAGGAUCGUAGUUUGAGUAUUUGCCGGGAGUUAGUAAUGCAGAUGCUCUUAUCGUUUGGAAUUACAAGUACAGAUACUAGACAUAGGGAUAGAAUAAAAGAGCAAUCUCCGUGCAACAAGCUAUAUAGAAGUUUAAAAGAGUGGGGAGGGGAGGAGUUUACGAGAUGCGUGAUGAAGGAUUGGUUCAUGAAUAUGAAGGGGGGGGAGGGGAAGGGAGUGUCAAAUUACUUCAGUGGAGUCGAUUUGUAUGAGAUAUUGAGCGAAGUGGUUUAUGGGACAGGCAAAGGGGAUAAGAAUUUUGUGUGUGUUUUUCAAGGAGAAGACGGCAGAGCACUGAACCCGGGGGAGGAGCCGUAUAAGUUGGAGUUAGCAACAAGCAGUCCGGACUCGGAGGAGGGGUCAUUGAGUACUCUGGCAGGGGAGAAUUACCAGAGAAUAGCCAAGGAGCUGGGAAUUACUCUCCCAGCAGUAGAAGGGGGUGUGACAGAUGGCGAAACGGUAAACUUACAGGGGGGGACGGCGCCACAAGUCAAAGAUUUGAGAACAGGGAAGGAGUUCUCGGAGUUGCUGGACAAAGAAGCCAAAGCAGGCGAAAGAGAAUCGUCCCCAGUCCAAGACGGAGGAGAUGAUCAGCAACAUGGGGAUUUAGUCUCCGUGGUAUUCAAAGGAGUGGGAGGGGGUAUCGUCGGCCUCUUGGGAUUAUUGGGCACCCUUUAUGGAUAUUCUCGAGUGUUCUCUCUAAGGAAGCGUAGCAGGAAAGAUCUUCCCAGAGGAGCAGGAAUUAUUCGGCAUGUUUCAUAUAGAUGA